GGUGAACACAGAUAAAACAAAAGCCAUGUGAAGGGAGGGGAGUUCUCCCAAGUGCCUUUUGUGGGCAUUGGGGUGCAGUGUUAGAGACAACUAAAUGCAGAAUAAAUAAGCUGCAUCACAGGAAGAAAAGGGGCAGUGACCACUGUAACUCUGUGGCAGGAAUAGGGCCUGUGGUGGGUGCUGAGCCAAUGCAGGGCAUUUGCUGGUGCCCUGCCACCAUCCACUGGUGACAAGUGACUCUUGCAUGCAGGCAGUGCAGGAUUAUGCAGAGUGUGAAGCUGGCAUUGCAGCAAGCACCAUGACGCAGAAGAUAAUAAAAACAAUCAUUACCUGUGAGUUUAUUGAUCCCUCUAUAGAAGUAUCAGCCAGAAAACUCUCUUUCCGGGUGGAGAAGAAACCCAGUGAUGUCCUAACUCUGCAGUACAAGCCUUUGACUUUAAAAAACACCUGCUCCCUGCCGCUCGACCUCGUGCUGGACGUGGAGCAGCCGUUCCUGGUGUGUGAUGAGGACCAGCAGCCCCUCCCAGAUGGCCAGCCUGUGAGAGUGGAUGUAGGACAGACCUGUCAUCUCUACAUCGCAUUUGACCCAGCUUAUAAUCUGGAUUUUAAUAGCUGGAAAGAAAAGAAGGUUCUGAAGAUAAACAUGGUCAGGGGCCAUCCUUUUGUGGAGCAUAUCAUCCUUUGGGGAGAAGCCCACUUCCCAAAUCUCCAAAUCCAGCCCAGCAGGCUGGAGUUUGGCUGCAUCGUGGCUGGCACGGAAGCAGUGCGCUCUCUGAGGAUGAGCAACUGCAGCCCCUUUCCUGUGGAGUACCACUGGUCAUUGCAGGCAGACAGCCAGCUGCACAAGUUCAGGUAUGUGCACCUUUGCUCUCUCCUCUUCUUCCUGGUGUCCU